GGUCCCGGGCACGGUUUGAAGACAGCAUACCUCGGAUUGUGGAGGACCCAUCAGAUCUGAUUGUUUCCAAGGGGGAGCCCGCCACCCUCAACUGCAAGGCUGAGGGCCGACCCCCUCCCAGUAUAGAGUGGUAUAAAGAUGGUGAGCGUGUGGAGACGGACAAGGAUGACCCCCGUUCUCACCGCAUGCUCCUCCCUAGUGGCUCCCUGUUUUUCCUCCGCAUCGUUCAUGGACGACGGAGUAAGCCAGAUGAAGGCGUGUACACCUUUGUGGCCCGCAACUACCUGGGAGAGGCCGUUAGCCGUAAUGCUUCACUGGAAGUCGCCA